UUUGAAGUGUAAACGUUUCAAUUCUACCAAGAAUUGUCUAAAAGAGCCAGGACACUGUGUAACUAAAAGGAACCAAAAGUGUCUCUUAUGGACAGUUACUUCAGGUGAAUUUCUCAGUUAUGGGGUCCAGACAUGCUGGACCCAUUGUGUGAGCAGAACAAUUACUAGAGGAAAUCUGAAAGUAGAAGAUAAAUGUUGUGAUUCCAGAUCUCUUU